AUGCGCAAUCUCACGGCCAAAUCGCUCCUCCACUCCACGACGCCAUUGACGAGAAGGUACCUCUCCACAACCCCGCAUCUCCAGCCUCAGUCCUCGCCGCCGCCUUCUCCUCGAAACGACGCCGUUGAGGAAAUCUACCGCAUAAUCUCGACCUCGCCGGACGCCCAAAUCACCUCGAAUAUCAAUGGGUUUGUCCACACACCCUUUUCCCUGGACACAGUGCUCUACAUUCUUGGCCGGAACCGGAAAUUCGAUGAAAUCUGGGUUCUUCUGUCCGAAAUCAAGAGAAAUGAUCGGUCCUUGAUCUCCCCAAGAACCGUUCAGGUCGUCUUGGGCCGGGUGGCUAAGGUCUGCUCGGUUAGGCAGACGGUCGAGUCCUUCAAACGGUUCAGAAGGCUCGUCAAAGAUUUCGACGUAAGCUGUUACAACGCGUUAUUCAGAAGCUUGUGCCAGGAAAAGAGCAUGAGUGACGCCAGGAAUGUUUACCACGCCUUGAAGCGCGAGUUCCGGCCGAAUCUUCAGACGUUCAAUAUACUGCUCUCCGGCUGGAAAUCGCCGGAGGAUGCCGAGUCGUUUUUUGACGAGAUGCGGGACAUGGGUAUUGAGCCAGACAUUGUGUCUUACAAUUGCUUGGUGGAUGUUUACUGCAAAAGCCGGGAAAUGGACAAGGCGAAUAAAGUCGUGAGUAAAAUGAGGGAUUUGGGUAUAGAUUUGGAUGUGAUUACUUACACGAUUUUGAUUGGCGGGCUGGGAUUGAUCGGCCAGCCGGAUAAAGCCAGAGAGAUUUUGAAGGAGAUGAGAGAAUACGGGUGCUACCCGGAUGUGGCUGCUUAUAAUGCUGCCAUAAGAAAUUUUUGCAUUGCGAAAAGAUUAGGAGAUGCAUAUAGGUUAAUGGAUGAGAUGGUCGAAAAAGGGUUGAGCCCUAAUGCCACAACUUACAAUGUGAUAUUUCGGUCUUUGUAUUGGGCGAAUAAUUUGAAAGCUUCGUGGGGUUUGUAUUUGAGGAUGAGGGAAGCGGGUUGCUUGCCAAACACUCAAACGUGCAUGUUCUUGAUUAGGUUGAUGAGGAGACAAGAGGAAGUGGGUAUUGCACUUGAAUUAUGGGGUGAUAUGAUUGAGAAAGGGUUUGGUUCGUUUGUGCUGGUCUCGGAUGUUUUGUUUGACUUGCUUUGUGUGUUGGGGAAAUUGGACGAUGCGGAGAGGUGUUUUGUGCAGAUGGUGGAGAAAGGGCAGAGGCCAAGCCACGUGUCGUUUAGGAGGAUAAAAGUUCUCAUGGAGUUGGCUAACAGGCAUGAAAGGAUUUCGAAUUUGUCAGAAAAGAUGGAGGCUUUUGGUUCUCGUUCUGGGGUUCAGAUGACGAGAAGUUAUGUGGAUGAAUUGGAAAAGCCGAUAUCUGAUUUUGUAUCCUGA